AUGCUGUCUUUGGAGGAAGAUGUAGUAGUGGUGAACUUGGAAUUGCGUCGUGAGCUUGACAUCAUCCAGGUGCUGUUCUUAUGUGGCCAAAGAAUAAGUCACAAAUCUGAAGAAAUAACCAUUUCCGGGAUCAUAGGCGGAGAAGCUGCAGAUAUCCGCGAUUUCCCAUGGCAGGUGGGGAUUUUCAUGGAGGGCAAUCAUAUCUGUGGAGGAACCAUCCUCAGUGAGUGGUGGAUUCUCACUGCAUCACAUUGCUUCAGUAAGAAUACCAACAAGUCUAGCUUCAAGAUUGUGUAUGGCGAGGAUGACUUAGAUACCAAGAACCUGAACAAUGUGGAUGUGGACAAGUUGAUUAUGCACCCUUACUAUGAUGACUGGAUCCUGGACAAUGACAUAGCUUUGAUCUUACUCAAAUCCCCGUUACAGUUCGGUACCAACAGGUUACCCAUCUGCCUUUCAGAGGUCAGCGACAUCCAGGGAUGGAGUAACUGCUGGGUGACUGGAUGGGGUGCUACCAAUCAUAGUCAAAGCAUGAACACAACUCAAAAACUGCAGAAACUCAAUCUGGAGCUGUUCACGUGGACCAAGUGCUUCCAAAUUUUGCCUUUCUUCACUAAGAACAUGCUGUGCGCGGGACAUCCUGAAAGCGGGAAGGAUGCCUGCCAGGGUGACAGUGGGAGCCCUCUGGUUUGCAACAAAAGGAAAAAUAAUCUCACGUGGUACCAGGUGGGCAUUGUCAGCUGGGGCGUGGAGUGUGGCAAAAAGGAAUACCCCGGGGUGUAUACCAAGGUGUCCCGUUAUCUACGGUGGAUCAGCAAGGAGACGACGAAGGCCGGGAGGCCUUAUAUGUAUGAGGCAGAUGCCGGCUACAGUUUGCUUUUCUCAGUCUGGGCCAUCCUUUUCCUGUAUUUUGUGAUGCUUCUAUUAACCUGGUAA